AUGGUGGGUGCAGAAGUUUCUGAAGACUUGCAAGAUGAUUCUGACGCCGUCCUGAUUGUAGUGUGUACUCUGGCAGGGGAGACAACCAAGAUGUCGUGGGCACGCAGCAGCAGAGUUCAGGACCGCAUGGCCGAGCUCGCUGCUUUCUAUCCGUCGAUGGGCCUGCUGAGGCUUCAGGUCCUUGGCGGCGAGACAGUUCCGCCGGAUGCUAUCGCAGCUGACUUAGAAGGCCACGUCUUGCAGGUGGUUGGGCUCGGGCUACCAAGAUGGUUAGAGCAGUCGUGCACUUUUUUGAUGACGGCCGAUACCGCUCUGAUCCCGGGCUUUCGGAAGCUGGGCCAGGUACGACUGGAGUUCAUGUGGCCGAACAGUUUCAGGUGCGAGGCCAUGGAGAUGCUGCUGGAUAUCACGCAUGAUGUCGAGGAUAUUCAGUGUUAUUCUGCAAAGUCUGGCACUUUGGAAGUCUGCUACACCACAACGGCAGCAGGGACACAGGAGUGCCUGCAGCUGUCUCCUGGCCAUGAGGAAGCCUCUUCCAAGCUCUCCGCCGUUGCAAUGGGCAUCAGAAGCUGUGAGCCCUGGUGCUUCCAAAGUCCUGGAUGUAUCCCCACAUGGCUCCUCCAGAACUCACCAGGCAAACUUUGGGGAUGCUGGCAAGUGUACCGGACAGAGUGUACAACUUCUGCAUCAAAAUCCCUCUGGGAGCGGCUGGUUGCUCAAAACACGAAUUUUAGAGCGAAGAAAAGUCUCAGCCGGCCUGUCUCUUCCAUCUGA